GCCAGACCAACCCGCUCCUCUGCCCUAGCAUCCCGACACCUAAUUCAUAGAAAAGUUCGGAUGUAGCUUAUUUUUAACUCUGCUUUGCAUUGUAAUGAACGUUGUCUUUAACCACGUCUGUUGCUUGUAAUUAACGCUGAACGACUCAACCAGAAAUGCCUGCGUUUGCAUUUUCUUUUAUCGGUGCAGCAGGGGGUGUCCGUUUUCAAGAGCUUUACGCGUGGAUACCGAAAGGUGACCCAGUCCACAUGCCAGCACCUUAUAAAACACCACAGACCCCUUUUCACACGAGGUUGGCCUUGAGAGGAGCAACCUGAAAAACUACCAAAAAUAAUCUGCUGCUCUGGGGGUGGGGGGGGAGAUUUUGACUCUGAGCUGCGAUGCGGCGCAUCAAUGUCGUGAGAUGCUGCGUGUGAGAAAAAGGCAUAGCGCAGUCGGGCCCGGAGGACCGUCAGCACUUUCUCCUGCACUGCCAAAAAAAAAAGGGAGAAAAAAAACCUGAGGGGAGGAUUAAGAGUAAGAGAGAGAGAGAGGGAGAGGAGCUGAGAGGACAAGAGUGGCGCACUAAAACCUCCCUGCUGCUUGCGCGUUGUGACUGUUCCUGGCCAGCGCCGCGACGAAAAUAACUUUUCGCAACCCGCAGAACUUUGUCGUUCAUCUUGUAUUCUACAUCUACAAAUUGCACCAGAGGGGAUAAUGCUGGGGUGGCUGACGGUUACCUGUGUCUUCUUGGCUCUGGCCUUGCCUGUGACGUCACGCCUUGCCGAAGCAGACAAAGGAAGGAGAAAGGUGGUUCACGUUCUGGAGGACGAGAGCGGCGCCGUGGUGGUGCAGACGGCGCCGGGGAAGGUGGUGACCCACCGCGGCGGCUCCAUCACCCUGCCGUGCCGCUACCACCACGAGCCGGAGGGGCCGGAGCCCGCCCGCAUCCGCAUCAAGUGGACCAAGGUGACGGGCGCGCUGCAGUUCGAGGACGUGUUCGUGGCGCUGGGGCGGCAGCAGCGGACGUUCGGCGGCUACCGCGGCCGGGUGUCCCGGCAGGGGUCGGGCCUGGGGGACGCGUCGGUGGUCAUCCACAACGUGACGCUGCAGGACUACGGCCGCUACGAAUGCGAGGUGACGGAUGACAUGGAGGACGACACCGGGUUCGUCAACCUUGACCUGGAAGGGGUGGUGUUCCCUUAUCACCCUCGGCUGGGCCGCUACAAGAUGAACUUCCACGAGGCGCAGGAGGUGUGCGGGCAGCAAGACGCCAUCUUGGCGUCCUACGGGCAGCUGCACGCCGCCUGGCUGGAGGGGCUGGACUGGUGCAACGCCGGCUGGCUGGAAGACGGCUCCGUGCAGUACCCCAUCUCCCAGCCCCGGGACCAGUGCGGGCGCAAGGAGACCCCCGCCGGGGUGAGGAACUACGGCUACCGCCACAAGGAGGACGAGCGCUACGACGCCUUCUGCUUCACCUCCAACCUGAACGGCAAAGUGUAUUUCCUGAAGAGACACAAGAAGCUGAGCUACGCAGAGGCAGUCAAGGCCUGCCAGCGGGAUGGCUCCACCAUCGCCAAGGCGGGCCAGCUCUACGCCGCCUGGAAGAUCCAGCUGCUGGACAGAUGUGAGGCCGGCUGGCUGGAGGACGGAAGCAUCCGCUACCCCAUCGUCAAUCCGCGGAGGCGCUGCGGGGGCUCCGCGCCGGGGGUGCGCACGCUGGGCUUCCCAGAUAAGAAGUACCGCCUGUACGGGGCCUACUGCUUUCGCCAGGACGCCGAGGGUCCCGACGGCACGGCCGAGGGCCAGGAGAAGAGCAACAGCACCACAGGCAAGAGCCCGGCGGGGCUCUGAAGCCCGGGAGGAGGAGGUGCGACUCUGGGGGAGCGCUGCUGCACGGCACCAGGGCGCUCCCAAGACUUGCUCCCCAAAAAAAAUGACUGACAAGGUGAUCCGCGGCACUUCGACCGGUACGAAGCUGUCUGCCUUUCAGAAAGGGGAUGUCAGUCAUCUUCGGCGCAAGUCUCGAGUCCUCUUCUGAAAAGGGAAAUGAGCUCCUGCUGACGCGGCUCAUGAGCAGCAGAUAACAAAGAGCUUCGUUAGGUCCAUUGUCUACCAUCCCAACUGCCUCCACACUGGAAGAUCAGCAUUUUUCAUUACAGUCUCCGUUUUGCUUAGCUUUGCCAGGAAAACCGUCCGCGACGCAGACGCCCCUGUCGGUGACACACUAAUUACAUUUAGCUUCUUUAUUCAUAUUUCCUAAUGAAUGCAAUGCAUUAGUCAUGGUUUGUCUCCCUCAGGCCUGGUUAUGAGUGAGUGAUGAGGGAGGGAAAGCAGCUGAUUUUGAUCUGGGUCUCUUUGAAUUCUAACCAGCUUCAUCUGUGCUUUACCGCUGAUUUCCUGCUCACGGGAAUGGUGGCAGUUUUACUUUGCCUCUGAGGUUUCCAUCAGAUCACCAGGAUGGGUACAGAACAAUUUAAAAGGAGAAAACCACUCAUCUGUUGAUCACUGGUGAUGAAAGCAUUCUCCUUUUUAGUGCCCUAUGCUUGCAUAAUAUUAUCUAGAGUAUUUACCAAUAAUACAAUCAGUGGUCAAGUGUUAGGAAACCCUCCAGUCCAUCGAAUGACUCUCAGCGACCGGGAGAUUUCAGCAGAACAGGAGGCCUCCAUCAUCUUCCCCAGCCAGAGCAGUCCUAGGUCUCCACCGUGUUCGGUAGCAGCAGGAGUGGUAGAUAACACAGAUCCAGCCCACACAUCUAGACAGGACAGGCCUGAGCUGCAGAUGGUUCCGAACCCCCUGGAAUUUUGCAUGUCAAGCUGCUUGCUUCUCAUAGAGGUUCAGCACACCCGACAUUGGAUGAAGGGGGAAGGUUCCUAAUAUUUUGACCAUUGAGCGUAUUAUCAAAUUGGAACAAGUAAAGGUUUAUUCUGUGCAGAAAAGAAAAGAGACGCAACGUUUCGGCUGUGGAGCCUUUUUCAG